AUGGCUGAUCCCGUCAAUGGGGAAGAAAUCCCUUUCGGUCUAUCAGGAAAUGAGUGGAAAUUCUAUCAAUUCGUUCGCAACUCACCUAACGGUAUCAAAUUCACCGAUCGUCCUGAGGACAUGUCCGUUACAGAUGCUCAUAUGGCUAUGAAUACACUUUUAAAAAAGAAUGCUUUGGAAGUACUGCAAGUUAAUGGUGAGAAUAUGAUGAAGGCGAUCGAUCUGAGAGAUGCAGAAAAGGCGAGCAAACUAAGUGACGAUGCACGGCUUGUGUACAAUACUAUCAGAGCAGCUGGCAAUCAUGGUAUCUGGACAAAAGAUUUGAAGAAGAAGACCAACCUUCACACUAUCGUGUUGAAUCGUACACUAAAGUCUUUAGAACAAAAACAAGAAAUUAAGUCUGUCAAGCAUGUCAAAUAUCCAACCCGUAAAAUCUAUAUGUUAUUCAAUUUACAACCAUCAAGUGAGGUGACAGGUGGCGCUUGUUUAAAGGCUGCUUGUCUAAAAUAUAUCAUGUCCAGAAGUUUUCCGCGUAUUGAAGGUGUACAUGACGCAGUUUUCAGCGCAGAACAUGAACAUUACCCCACAGCUACAGAAGUCCGACGUUUUAUUACAGAAUCACGUAUUUCAUCAGUGGACUUGUCAUUGAAGGAUAUCACAAGUUUGUUAGAUGCUUUAGUGUAUGAUGGCGUUGUUGAGAAGAAAUUACCAUUUAUGGCUGGUAUGGAUGAUUUCAGUGACGAUGAUGACGCUGACGAUGAUUCGGUUCAAUGGUCCUAUAAAGCAAUCAGAAAAGUGGCAAGUCGUUUACCAACAGAAGCAUUAACUGAAGUUCCGUGUGGGAAAUGCCCAGUGUUUGACUUUUGCUCGGAAGACGGACCCAUCACUCCCAUGAACUGUGAAUAUUUCAAGACUUGGCUAGAUUGGUGA